AUGAGUGAAGCAGUACAUUCCACCGUAUCAUCAGAGCUCCUUGGAUCAGAUAGUGAUAAAGACAAUCAGAAAGAUAUAUGGAUUUUCGGGUACGGAUCACUAGUAUGGAAGGCAGAUUUUCCGUUUGAAGAGAAACGAACGGGCUACAUUGAAGGAUUCCUGCGACGCUUCUUCCAGAACAGUAUUGAUCACCGUGGCACAGUAGAGCGGCCUGGACGUGUGGUUACUUUAAUUCACUCGGAAAAUUCUGAAUCGAAGGUUUGGGGCAUGGGCUAUCGUAUCGGUGCCAAAGAUAAGCUACAAGUAUUGCAACAUCUCGACCAUCGGGAGAAGAAUGGGUACGAACGACAUAGCGUGAAGUUUUAUCCCUACCCUUGGAGUACGGACCAGUUGAAUGAUCCGCAAUCGAUUCUGCUGUAUGUAGCGACCCAAGAUAAUCCAUCCUUUGCGGGACAGAGCGACACAUUAGAUGAGAUUGCGGCACAGAUACUCACGUCCGUAGGCCAGAGUGGUCGAAAUCCGGAGUACGUGUACAAACUCGCGGAAGCUAUGCGUCAACUUUACCCGGGAGAACAGGACGAUCAUCUGUUUGAGCUGGAAAAACUGCUUUUGCAGCGCGAUCCAUUAGCAAAUGUGCAACGAACGCCGGAUCCGGUCCCCGACGGUGAUGCAAAUCGGUCCGAACUCAGCAAGGAAGGCUAG